CGUUAGAUCAUUGGCGCAGCUUUGUAGUUGGUUAGCCAAACAUGCACAGUAAAAGAGAUGAUCAGGGAAACGAGUCGAAGAAAACCAUCAUAGUUUAUUCCAAGCAGGAAGUAUAAGAGCAAACACAGUCAGCUAAGGUUUUCUCAGCAUUUCUGGAGCUGUGGACCUAAACCUUAUGUGGUGCUAUAGACCAAGUAGUGGUGCUGGUACCGGUACUGAAGUCCUGCUCGGUUCCUGAAACGUAUGGCAGGAAGUCAGAUAGCAGAUCUAGGUCUUGUCCUAGCUGAAGGUCGGAGGUGAAACCUCUGAACUCCUUUACUGGGUCUUGUCAUGCUGGAUUGACCUUUCUAAGCCUUGGAGAAGGGCAUCCUUCUGGUUUUAUAAAGCAUGCCAGCAUUUGGCUAGCUCCAUAUCCUUGCACAUCAGUUCUCCAUCUUCCUUUAACAUCUCUGGCCCCUGCAAGGGGGACAGAAAGUCACUCCUAAUUGUGCCUCUUCACCCUGUAUUCUUCAAAUUUGAUGCACUUUCAAUCAAAUACGCUUUUUACCAUUUCUGUCUUGAAUAAUUUUAAAGUUAUUAGAUUUUAGAUCCCGUUCUUUAACUCCAAUCCAUUUCUCUCUUUUUUUUUUAGUCAUCUUGUGUCCAUACCAUUGUCGCACAAGAUUCCACAUUUUAAUUCAACUCACCCUUUAAAGCCAAAGUGUGUGCCUCUGUGUUGGAUCACUGCAAGACCUGGAAAUCAAGCCGCUAGGCAGUAGUUUUGGUGCUUGUUUUGGUGCAUGGAAUCAGCCUAAUCGUGGAGAGGCCAGGCUACCACAAACUGAUGGACUUUGACAAGCGUGGAGUUGGUGGAGGAGGAGGUGGAGGGAAGGGGGAGGCUGAGGAUGGGAAGAGGAUGUCUGGGAAGGCAGGGGGAAGAUCGGGACACAGCGGCCGAGUUGCUGGCUCCGGCUCAGGAGUUCUGAUGGUUGGGCCAAACUUCCGGGUCGGAAAGAAGAUCGGGUGUGGGAACUUUGGAGAACUACGACUUGGAAAGAACUUGUACACCAAUGAAUAUGUGGCCAUCAAACUGGAACCCAUCAAGUCCCGAGCGCCACAAUUACAUCUAGAAUAUCGCUUUUACAAACAACUGGGAAGUUCAGAGGGCGUACCUCAGGUGUUUUACUUUGGACCAUGUGGGAAAUAUAACGCCAUGGUUCUGGAGCUGCUUGGACCCAGUCUAGAAGACCUGUUUGACCUCUGCGACAGAACUUUCUCUCUAAAAACUGUACUCAUGAUAGCCAUACAGCUGAUAACCCGAAUGGAGUUUGUCCACACCAGAAGCCUCAUCUAUCGAGACGUGAAGCCUGAGAACUUCCUGGUGGGCCGACCCGGCUCCAAACGGCAACACACCAUUCACAUCAUAGACUUUGGCCUCGCAAAAGAAUACAUAGACCCUGAGACAAAGAAACAUAUCCCAUACAGAGAACACAAGAGUUUGACUGGAACUGCCAGAUACAUGAGCAUCAAUACACAUUUGGGGAAAGAGCAAAGCAGAAGGGAUGACCUUGAAGCGUUAGGCCACAUGUUCAUGUACUUUCUGCGGGGCAGCCUGCCAUGGCAAGGACUAAAGGCCGACACUCUGAAGGAACGCUAUCAGAAAAUAGGAGACACGAAGCGAGACACGCCGAUAGAGGUGCUCUGUGAGAAUUUCCCAGAAGAGAUGGCCACAUACCUGCGAUAUGUGCGGCGGCUGGACUUUUUCGAGAAGCCAGACUACGACUAUCUGAGGAAACUCUUCACAGACCUCUUCGACAGGAACGGAUACAUCUUCGAUUAUCAGUAUGACUGGACCGGAAAGCCACUGCCGACUCCUAUUGGUCCUGUGGCGACUGAAGCUCCACUUCAGACAAGCAACCGGGAAAAAGCACCUCAAACCAAAAACCAGGUGAUGAACUCGACCAAUGGAGAGCUGAAUACAGACGAUCCUACUGCGGGACAUUCUAACGCACCAAUCACAGCCAACGCAGAGGUUGAAGUCCCUGAUGAUAUAAAGUGCUGCUGUUUCUUUAAGAGGAGGAAGAGGAAAGCUCUACAGAGACACAAGUGAAAAGGAGAGACCGGAGAGAAACCUUUGCUCUUUUCUUUGUCAUCUUUUAUUUCCCCUUCCUGACGUAUUUUUCAAGCCAUUUUUCUUGAACUCUUCCUCCUCUGUUUAGCCCUCUUCUGUACUCAUGCAGUCCCCUGUUAGUCUGGAGCAACAAGCAGGUGGUCUGCUAGGUUCCUCUGGGCUGUACAGACAUUGAAAGGCCUUUUCCGUUUCACCACAGAGCUUCAAAUGUGCCGCCUGUUCCAGCGGUGGACAUAUUCAGCUAUUGUUGGGACAAUAAAGGAGUAAAUGACAAACUGCACAAGCUAAUCAUCAGACUGGAUUCAGCUAAUCUACUGGAAGACUGACUGAUUUCUUUAUUUUUUGAGUGUUCUUCCUUACUGACUGGAUCAGAAGACAAGUGUAUUUCAGGAGAUCCAGACAAAAGGACUUAUAAAGCAUGGAAUCUAGAGACCACCUGUGCAAACAAAACAUGCACACAGAAAUCAUGCUGCACAUUUUGUCGAGCUCAUCAUAAAGAGACUUGAUGGAUGGACUGAGAUGCAGUCGUUGCACAUAGUUUUUAUUCCCUGGGGUGAAAGAAGUUGCACAAUGAGUGACCUGGUCCAGGUUGUAGAACGGGCCGAGCUCGGUGCAUUCCUCAUUCACCAUCCAAGGGAAACCCUCACAACCACCAGAAAACUCAGAACUUAAGAAAAGAUGUUUAUGUCAGAUUUAUGCUUUACCCUGACUUUGAGUUGUAACUAAAAUAAGACUGUUCUCUUUUCA